AGCAGAUGAGGGGUGCGCCAAAUUUUGCUAGAAGGGACAUUAUAAGGUGCGUCAACUGUAUACCGACCGAUGUGUGAGGAUUCUUCAUUUCGGCAAGAUGAGUCAAACAGUAACGUUCGGAUGGAUUUGGAUUCUAGGCUUACUGUUUGCAGUUGUUGCCUAUGUGCAGUGUUCAUGCACAGUUACACCAGCCAAAAUCGAAAAGACAUAUACUGGUCGGGUAAGGCACUACUGUGUGCAUAAUGUCACCAAAGGAAACUCAACCGCCCAAAUUGAACUCCUGCUGGAUUCUAAAUUUGAAACACGUGACUGUCAAAGGUGCACAUGUAGUCGAAUGGGAUUAAGUUGUUGUGGAUAUGGAGUAGCAUCUAACGAACCCAUUCACGUACCAAAAGGCUGUCAUCCAGUGGAGGACGGAUGCCGGAUCGCUUUGAUUUCCGACAUCGAUAAUGUGACGGACUGUUACAGCAUCGGACCACCGGCCGCAGAGCGCCGCCAGCAGGAAAUGAUGAGAGAUAUGGCUAGGAGUAUGGCCCAUCAACAAUAUCCACAAGCAAUGCAAUACUGGCGAGGACUCAAUCCACCUCGAAUUCACCCAAUGGCGGCGCUUUUUGGGGGCGGAAGGAGAGGGCCAAAUGGUCGUAUGGUCGAACAACCUGAGGGCCUGAUGGAGUCGUUCUUGUUGAUGAGUAUGUUUGGCGGUGGAAUGGGAUUGGAUGGAGGUAGUGGACUCGGUCCUCAAUCUACUGGUGCUUCUGGGGAUCCAAUAGGACAUAUGGGAGGCGGAGGACAAAGUAUGGGCGGAUUGGGAAUGGGUGGGUCUUUUAUGGACUCUCCAUUAGGAAUGAGUCUUUUAUUUUCGUCGUUCAUGAGUUAA